UUUCCUUCCUGUGCUGCGGCUGUAGAGCGGUGACCAUGGGUCCUGAGUUCCAAGCCUCUUGCUGACAGCGGACGGACAGCGAGCGGGGACGAGCCACAGCCUCCGAGCGGCACAACCUUUGCAGCGAGAAAGACUCAGAGAGGGGGAGAGAAAAACCAGAAAGAGGCAAAAAGAGAGAGGAGGAGUGCAAAAAGGAGAGAGGGGAGCGGGUGAGAACAGUCGAUGGAUGCUGUCCGGAUUGAGGGGACAGCACGUUCUUCACUGACGAGGAAAAGAAAGAUUUCAAAAUGGAGUCGAAGGAUAGAAACUCGGCGUCAGGCAUGGUGUGUGAGAAGGGGAUCCAGAUCCUCCUCACCACCGUGGGGGCAUUCGCUGCCUUUGGCCUGAUGACGGUGGCAAUAGGGACGGACUACUGGCUGUACUCCCGUGCCCUCAUCUGCAACAGCACGGCCAACGUCUCCCAGGAUGACCCCCACAACAAGGACAAGAAGGACCCCGGGGCGCUCACCCACUCCGGGCUGUGGAGGAUAUGCUGCCUGGAAGGAGUGAAGAGAGGAGUUUGUUCUCAGAUCAACCACUUCCCGGAGGAUGCAGACUUUGACCAUGACGGGGCAGAGUACGUCCUACGGGUAGUCAGGGCUUCCAACAUCUUCCCGAUCCUCAGUGCCAUCCUGCUGCUGAUGGGAGGCAUGUGCAUCGCUGCUAGUCGCUUGUAUAAGAGCAAAAGAAACAUCAUCCUGGGGGCUGGGAUCCUAUUUGUGGCUGCAGGACUGAGUAACAUCAUCGGUGUGAUCGUGUACAUCUCGGCUGCGCUGGGCGACAUCUCUCCGAAGAAGGAUGAGGAUAAGAAGUGGCAGUACUCAUACGGUUGGUCCUUUUACUUCGGAGGCCUGUCCUUCAUCAUGGCCGAGAUGGUCGGGGUGCUGGCCGUCAACAUCUACAUCGAGAAGAACAAGGAGCUGCGCUGCCGCUCGCGCACCGACAUUUUCAAGAGCACGACGCACGCCAUGCUCCGCCUGCCCAGCUACCGCUUCCGCCGCCGAUCCCGCUCCUCGUCCCGCUCCACCGACCCCUCCCGGUCCAGAGACCCCUCACCUGUAGGGGGAGGUGGGGGCAAGAACUUUGGCCUGCCCCCGUCCGCGCUGCUUUCCCAGGGGCCCAUCUCAGUGUCCACUCUACCCAACCCCCACUCCCGCUCCCACACGGCCCUGGCUGGAGGUGACAUCUCCCUCUACACGUUGUCCCGCGACCCCAAACUGGGGGGCUUGCCACCCAUGUACGGAACGGUGGACAGGGCCACGCUCUACCAGCUCCACAACUGCUUCCCAAAGGACGGGGGUGGAGGGGGAGUGAUGAUGAGCGGCACACUCCCCUCGCUUAAGUCCCACAACCCAUCAAAUUCUUCCAACUCCAACGCGCAGAUGCCCAACUCUGUGGGCUCCGGCCCUCCGCCCUUCAACUCGUCCACAGUCGACAGGGAGCGAGGGAUGGGGACUCUGGACAGGCUCAAGGGGGACAGGGAGAGCAACUCUAACACCCUCAAUAGGAAGACCACGCCUGUGUAGAGCGAGGCUAUGAGAGGGGGAGGCCAGGAGGAGGGGAGAGAGGGAGGACGGGUGGUAGAGUGAGAGGACAGAUAGAGGGGAGCACUGCGGCUCAACAGGAAAUAAAUAGGAACGAGAGGCAGCCGGAGAAAUGAAAGGGUCUAUCCCUCCCUCCAUGUUCACUGUUAUUUAGUCGACUCAAUCUCACUGAGAACAAAACGAAGAGGAGUAAUAACAGAGUGAUAAUAAUAACAACAACAAUGGACUUUCACAAUAAAACUAUUUUGAUAUUUUAAUGUGCUAGAAAUGAUUUAUUUUGUUAAUGAUCAAACGCAAUUAACCCUGGGCUCUUAUGGAAAAAAAAAUGUUUCACAUAUUUUGUUGUGCAAUAUUCCUGCUAAUUUAACCAGAUCAGCACUAGUGUACAAUUGUUGUUGUGAUUAUUCUUAGCGUUAUUACAAACUAGCUGUAUUUGCAAACACUAUUGAUUGGAACGAAAUUUUUGUUUGUUUUUGUUUUUUUUUCCACUUUACUUUUGGAUCUUGACAAACCUAACUGUGAACUUCUUCCAUGCGCAGCCGCAUUGAGCUGUGUGUAGCUGUGUCAAAGUGUCAAGCAUGAGUGUGCACAACAUGUGGGAGAAUGUGAGCCUGUAUUAUUCUUUUUAAACCCCCCUCCCCUCCCCCCAUUCUAUAUGAUUUUCAUUUAUAACAUGAAGUCAGAUGUGAAUACUGUAAAUUGUCUUCCAAUAUUGAUACCGAAAGAAAUGCAACAAUAACGUGAGUGGCUGAGACGACUGACCAACUUCAUCGUUAUUACGAGCCUGGGUUUUCUGCAGGCCUCUGUUCGUCUUAUCUCCAUUCUAAUCAGUGUUAAACAGUAGUACUUGUAGCUCUAGUCGUGUUGAAGAUGUUUGUUCUUGGGCAUUAACAGAAACCUCCGACCUCCGGAGGAAGCAGAAAAUAAAAAGAGACACAGAAUAAUAACAUUUGUACAGAAUCAGGUAAAAGGUCGCUGCCUGAGCAGAACAACGAGAAAAAAAAAGAAUCAAUCGAAUCAUGUUUAGUUCUUUUCAUGACGAGUCCCAAAGUGACACAUGCAACUCAUCAUUUUCAGUGGCAAAAAAAAUGUAAUAUGUAUAUGUGGGUUGAGAGGGUUUAACAAAAAAAAAAAACACUAGAGAAAAACUUUUUGCGAAGAAACAUGUACAUUGUAAUUUAUGCAUACAUAUAUUUGUAAAGUCUACAGAUACGUUUUUCGGGACCACUGUUUAAACUGGUUAUGCAUUCUGGGCAGGGCGGGUUUGGAUGAAGUGCUUCGUUCCCGGUGCCCCCCCUGGACUCUGGUUGGGUGGUGCCACCCGCUGUUUCCCCUCCCUCUGCCCGUGUCUGUCCACAUCCUCAGUGUGUCCCCCCUACUUUCUCUCAUCACCCCUAACCUUCUCACUGUGCUUCCCCCUGUGACUCUGGAGUCCGACCUGUCCUGUUUAUGUUGAUGAGAAUGUAAACACAUGUAAGCCCCCCCCCCCCAUCCCUUAGUCUCUCUCCUCUGAACUGUCCCGAGUGAGUGCAGAUCCGGGUUGAAACCACGGACACACCUGCUUCAUGAUGUAACGAAGAAACGAAACAACAACCAGACGCUUCCAGAUUCUACGACUUUUCAUUUCCUUUGAUUUCAUUUGAGAAAAAAAUGAAAAAAUGUGAUAAAACUGCGCACAGAUAGCAUUUAUGUGGGCAAUAUGAAUAGUAUGUAGUUGAGAAUAGAUAUAUCUAGACAAAUGAUUAUGGUUUAUCUAAAUGUGUGAUAAACUUAAAACACUGUAUUGCACGAAGUUUAUAAAAAAAACAA